AUGGACACUUUUAUGAAUAAGGAGUUACACGAAGGACACGAGAUAAUGAAAAGUGAUCACAUGAAUCAUAUGAACCACAUGAACCAUACAUACCGCUUACACCAGCUCGAUUUUAUUGAUAAUAUGGAAAACAUGAAUAUUACGGACCCUGAGGUCUAUUUGAACAAUACAGAUUAUCUGAACAAGACGGAAAAUAUAAACCGUACAGGAUACGGCCAAUAUGUUAUGAAGAUGGAUAUGUAUUUCACAUUUUCUUCAUCUGCAACAGUACUUUUCAAGGAGUGGAAUUUUACAACUUUGGGAGGUUUAAUUCUGUCUAUGAUUGCCGUAUUUAUUAUGGCCGCUGCGUACGAAGGUCUCAAAUAUUUCAGAGAAUAUCUAUUUUGGAAGGCUUACAUCUUGCAACAUAGAAAAGCUUCUGCUAAAGACCCACAACCUAUUCAAAUGGUUGGCAGAGAGAUACGCCAAGAACCAAUGGUUAGCGGAACGGCUCGCGAAGAAACAAGAGUUAGCGUAGGAAUUCGUACUGGAUCAAUGGUUAGCGGAGACAUACGCAAAGAACUAAUGGUUCAAGAAGAAUCUAGGAAAGACCCAAAGGUUGGGAGAAUCAUACGCCAAGAACCACUCACGAUGAUUAGCGCAAUACAUUUCCUUCAAACAUUUUUGCACAUGGUUCAAGUCGUUCUAUCCUACUUUUUGAUGUUAAUAUUCAUGACCUAUAAUGCCUGGCUAUGUAUAGCUAUCAUUUUCGGUGCUGGAAUAGGAUAUCUUCUAUUUGGUUGGAAAAAGUCGCCAGCUGUUAAUGUUACCGAGCAUUGUCAGUAG